CGAGUUUAUAAAGCCACAUUCUGCAGCCAGUUCACGCUAAUUUGGCUCUGCAAAUUUGAACAAGCCGGCGAUCUACACCUCAUCACAAUGCCUCACCGCAAUUGUUCUGUUGAGAUUAAUAACAAUUCUGGUUGUUUGACUCUGGCCAACCCAAGGGUGUUCACUGAGAGCGGACACUGUGAAAUUCCACUGCCACCAAUGUUGGGUCCCGGCUCCACUGCCACUGCACUGUUUAACAAGACCACCGGUGCUGCCACUGGAGCCGUUGGUCUCUUCACAUAUGACCUAUUCAACGCCGCCUUAAGUGACUACAGCCACAUCAUGGCCAUCAUGUACUCUGUCCCCUAUGACAGAACCCUUUACUCCAACUGGUUAGCUAUAGGGAUCUUUGCCAGAGGAAACAACUGCAACUACAACCUAUACAACCUUAUGUAUAGUGGCUCUGAAAACAAUUUUGUGAGAGCACAGGCUGAUGGUUCCAGCAUUUCAUAUGAGGGUGAUUUUGCUAUUAUCACUGCCUGCAUGUCUGACUCCGGUGAGGCUGUCCUGCGGGUGAAUGUGAAGGAUAGUGGCAUGUAUUGAGCAGGAUCACACCGCUGCUUUAUUGGCAAUGGAUUAAAGUUGCACUUAUUAAAUGACCCCCUAAAGACAAAUAAAAGAAAUCAGACUUCUAUUAUCCAGCUUAUAAAACCAAACGAUUAGAACUACUUACACUACGACAAGAAACUGAAAAGGUGUUACCAUGGCAAUGUAAAAUUUACAUCUGCAUGUGCAUUGGGUUAAAUAAAGUCUUUAGUCAGUGUAA